AUGAAAAUAAAGCCAAUUCCUACGUCCUCCCCUCCCCAUCGUUUUGGUAGUGAAAUACAUUGCCCAAAAAGGUCUCCCCCUUCAAAUACCUUACAGAAGUUGAGAGCUUCUAUUGUCUUGAUUUCGGCAAAAGGGAGGAGUAUAUAUAGUCUACCUCUAGCAACAACUUCCAAACUAAUAGUGUCAGGAAAGGGAAAAAAGACAUCUAUAGUACGCCUUCAAGGGUUUGCAACCAAGAAGCGGGAUAAACAUGCACAAAACAAACGGCAUGAUGUCAAGAAAUUCUAUCCUAUGGGAGAUCUGUCCACAUGCUCCUAA